CCAACACAACCUGUCUUCAAAACUCAAAGCCCAACUCAAACCCAAAAGAAACAUACUUAACUUCCAAUUCAGGCCAGCCCAAAUACACAGCCCAACAGAAAAUCUUUAAACCCAACAAACCCAAACCCAAAUCCAAAUCCCAAUCCAAAUCCACCCACCCUCCCCUGGCCCGCGCCGCAUUGAGUCCAUCACCACCAUUGUUGAAACCAGGUAGCCUUGGCAGCUGCUGCAGCUAUACCUCCUAUCGAAUGGCUUCGGGAACCGACGUCGUUUCACCUGCAGCUACACCUAAACCCGCUCUUCCCUCCGCCGUCUCCAUUUCCGGGGCUGUAGUCCCCCGUUUUCCUCUCCGCCGGAUGCCAUACAUUCCGACGCAUUAAGCUCCUUGACUGUCUCUGCUAUGCAUUCACUCUGAUAUGUAUCGUAGUCUUGGCGUUCACCGCCUCAUAUACCGGAGCCGCAUAGUGUACUACGUAAAGACUGGCCUCAUCGAUCAAGCACUACAGGUGUUCGACGAAAUGACCCACUCGGACUGCCGGGUCUUCAGCGUCGACUACAACCGCUUCAUCGGCGUACUCGUCAAGCACUCGCGGUACGAUCUCGCCGAGCACUACUACUACGAAAUGGUGCCGAAGGGGUUCUCAUUGGACCCCUUUACUUACUCAAGGUUCAUUUCUGGCUUGUGCAAGAUUAGAAAUUUCACCCUCAUUGAGAAGCUGCUUCGGGACAUGGAUAGGAUUGGGGCAUUGCCUGACAUCUGGGCUUUCAAUAUAUAUUUGAAUCUUCUGUGCCAAGAAGACAGGAUGGAUUUCGCUUUGGAAUUGCUUCAAAGGAUGGUUGACAAAGGAAGAGAGCCGGAUGUUGUAUCGUAUACUAUAAUUAUUGGUGGGUUGUGUAAAGCUGGACAAUUUGAUAUGGCAGUUGAUAUUUGGAAUGGUAUGAUUAAGAAAGGGCUCAGGCCCGAUAACAUUGCGUGCACGGCGCUGGUUGUUGGGUUGUGCAAGGGUGGGAAGGUUGAUUUGGCUUAUGACCUUGUCAUUGAUGAAAUGAAGGGUAGUGUUAAUUUUAGUAGUUUGAUUUAUAAUGCGUUGAUUAGUGGGUUUUGUCGUGCCAGUAGGAUUGAUAAGGCACAAGCAAUCAAGUCAUUUAUGAAGAGAAAUGGUUGCGAGCCGGAUUUGGUUACUCACAAUGUGUUGUUGAAUUAUUCUUGUAAUCAGUUCAUGUUGGAGGGGGUUGAGAAGUUGAUGAAGAAAAUGGAGAGGGGUGGGAUGGAACCGGAUGUGUAUAGUUAUAAUCAGCUUCUCAUGGGCCUUUGUAAAGCUAAUAGACCGGAUAAGGCGUAUUUGUUGAUGAGAACUAGGAUGGAGCCAAAAGGGUUGUGUAAUGUUGUGUCGUACAAUACCAUCAUUACAGCAUUUUGCAAGGCAAGCCGUACCCGAAGUGCAUACAAACUGUUUGAGGAAAUGCGUCACAAGGGCACUGUGCCAGAUUUGGUUACAUUCACUAUUCUUAUAAAUGCCUUUUUAAGAGAAGGUAGUUCAGAGAUAGCCAAGAAGCUUCUUGAUCAGACAACAGCGAUGGGUCUGUUGCUUGACCGUAUAUUUUACACUACAAUAGUUGAUCACCUAUGCAAGAAUGGGAAGAUUGAAAUGGCUUAUAGUGUUUUCAGUGAAUUGUUUGAGAAGGGAAUCACCCCUGAUGUGAUUUCGUAUAAUGCUCUCAUUAACGGGCUGCUCAAGGCUUCUAAAGUGAGCGACGCUAUGCAUCUCUAUGAGGAAAUGCAGACUAGAGGGUGUAGUGCCGACGGGGUAACUUUUAAAUUGAUAAUUGGAGGUCUCAUAAGGGAGAAUAAGCUUUCAGUCGCUUGUAGGGUAUGGGAUCAGAUGAUGGAAGAGGGCUUUACUCUUGAUGGAGCUUUCUCCGAGACUCUGGUUAAUGCCAUCAAUUCAAAAGAUGGUGCAUGAAAAUGCUAAACGAGUCAAUAGUAAGAGGCACUUGUUAGAGAGAAUUUCACCUCAUCAAGCCUGGUCUUGUUACCACCUUGUGCUCUUUCUGGCAAGCUACAAACAACUCAGAAUUGGGACCUUGGAUUUGUUCAGCCUGAGAUUCAAGAGCAUGAUGCUUAUCCAUGUAUGAUUUGCCUCCCUGACUUGACACAUGCAUUCCGCUAAAAAUGCCAAAAGGUACUUUAACCUACUUUGUUCAUUUCUUUGUCCUGAGGGACAAUAGAUAAUGCAAGCGGGCUUUGCAAGAACCAGACUACUUCAAGGUAAUUGCUAACCUUUCCUCUCGUUCUAGUUUUAUCACCCCCAAUUUGUCUAAGGAAGGUCAACUAAAUGGAUGCCUAAUGAAGAUUUCAGAACUACAUAUUGAUUUGGUAUCCCUAUUAAUUUCUGGACUGAUGAAGUCAACCUUUAUUUAUGGCUGAGUUCUUGGACUUGAUUAUAUAGUUCUGAAGCAAUCUAGAGUUUUGAUUCUCGGCUUUUUUUUUUUUUGAAGUAAGAUGAGAUGAUGUAAGCAAUCUAGAGUUUAGAUUCUCGUUCUGUUUGUUCUUUAUUUUCUUAGGGUGCACCGUGACCUUCUUGUGCUUAUAGAUGACAUGCAGAGGCUGCAGAUCAUUUUUAGGAAUGUUAAUGUGAGAGCACUAUUAGUUUGGGCAUGAAAAUGCUGAAGUACGGCUUCUUAUUCAAAAUGCAAGAGAACAACCAAAAAUUUCGGCCGUGUCCUCAUGAAGAAAAGCGGAUUAAAGAAGCUCGGGCAUCCUUGCCUUGCUGGAGUCUUGAGGAUGGAAGAAAGCGACGAGAACUUCCAAGGAAUCACUACACAAUUACAACACACCUGCUGACCGGGACUCCGAGUCACAUCACAACAUCAUCCGGUAACGAUUAAAGAUGGUCUCUGGUCAUGAACAAGUUAGUGUUGAGUGGUAUAUUUGGCAGAGAGUGUUUAUAUCCAGUUGAAAUUUGUAUCUUCAGUAGCAUUUAGCUUUAGGCAAGCUGGGUAUGAGGGGGUAAAUAUGUAAAUUGGAUGCCACUAAAAUACUCAGAACUCGGAAGCACAUACAGAAAAAGUUGUCACGGAAGAUGACUUGCCUCCCACGCUUAGCUACAUUUUGAUUCUUUGCCUUUUCGAAAAAAAUCAUCCUUGAAGUUUUCUUCAAGUCAUUCUCUAA